UGGAACCUCCGCAGCCUUGUAGAUUUGGAAGGCUUAAAUCCAAGUUUGGAAAGGCUUUUUCCAUUCCAAAUGAUUUGCUGGCUUAAGCGCUUAAUUAGGAUGGCUUUUGAACAAGUUGGAUUGAACAUGGAAUCAGUUCUUUGGUCAAGCAAGCCUUACGGUUCAUCUCGAAGUAUUGUAAGAAAAAUUGGUACUAAUCUCUCUCUCAUACAGUGUCCAAGAGUUCAGUUUCAGCUUACUUCUCAUGCCACAGAAGGAAACCAUCCUAACCAACUUAGAGAAGAUGCAGUGGCCUCCUUUGCAGAUGUGGGAUGGGUUGCUCAAGAAGAAGGUGAAGACUCUACCAGGCUCAGGUCAGAAGCUUGGUCAAAAUCAGCCCAGCCUCUUUCAAGUGAGCGACAUAAUUCUGGGAAGUCCCUGUGCAGACAGAUGUCCUUACAAAACCCGUUGCAAGAACCAGUGUCCAGGAGCACAGCAAUCGCCAAUGAGGAAGCUCUGCAGAAGAUCAGUGCUCUAGAAAAUGAACUAGCUACUUUGAGAGCACAAAUAGCCAAAAUUGUAAUCUUGCAAGAACAGCAGAACCUGACAGCAGUUGGGUCAAGUCCAGUUGCUUCAGCUGCAGUACGUGUUGCACCUCCACCACCGCCACCACCUCCUCCUCCACCACCCCCUCCCCCAGGACUACAACGAAGUGUGUCUGCAAUUGAGCUGAUUAAAGAAAGGAAAAACAAAAAAACGAACUCUGGACAGAAUCUGACAGAAAAUGGGCCAAAGAAGUCUGAAAUACCAAACAUGCUAGAAAUCCUCAAAGACAUGAACAGCGUGAAAUUACGCUCAGUGAAAAGAUCAUCAGAAGGUACAAAACCUAAAGUGCCUGACCCUACAGAUCCUGCAGCGUUAAUAGCAGAAGCCCUCAAAAAGAAAUUUGCUUAUCGAUACCGAAGUGACAGCCAAAGUGAAGCAGAAAAAGUGAUUCCAAAGACUGAAACAAAGACAAAGACUGAGACAAAGACUGAAGUAGUGCUGUUUGGGCCGCACAUGCUGAAGUCUACAGGAAAAAUGAAGACUUUAAUUGAAAAAUCUUAA